AAUAGAAAUGGCAAAUUGCAGUGGUGGUGAUGAUGGUGGCUGGCUGGGAGGAUGGCUACAGACCGUCAAAGACAAGUCUGUGUCUGCCAUGGAAUUUGUGAAAAGAGAUUUAGCAGAGUACACUUGUACCAUGCAGACAGAUACCAGAACAGUCGCUCAUGCGGUUAAAGAAGGAAUUAAAGAAGAGAAUGCUAGCACCACAUCAGCGAAGAUGAAAAAAGGAUUGGGUUAUAUCCUGGGUGGUAUCACCCAGGUGUUGACAGUCCCCCCAGAUGACAGUGAUGAGGAACAAGUCAUGGUUGGUAAAGACUCAGUCACUGUCUUUGAUAAAGCCAAGGUGCGCUUACGAGCAAUCCAGGUCGACCCUGGGACCUACAUCAAUGCGCCAGCAGGACCUCCGGUGGAGUUUGAUGAGUGGUUGGCAACAAAUGAUCUGCUUGAGAAAAAAGGACACAUAUCAGAGUUAUUGGUCUCGAAUGUUGAUGUCAGGGCUUUGUAUACACAGUUGGUGCCUUCAGAGGUGUCCCAUACCCUGUUCUGGCAAAGAUACUUCUACAAGUUGCACCUUUUGGAGAAGGAUGAAGAGAGGAGGCGGGAGCUGAAGAAAAGAGCCGAGGAGGCUAAAAGCGAGACUGUCGGAUGGGAAGAUGAUUGGGAAGACAUGGCUGCUCCAAACUCACCACCCAAGGACCCCGAAUCCCUUGGAGCUCCAUCAGCCAAGACGGAUGAAAGGCUCCCUGCUAUAUCACCUGACGUAUUGGAGGAGACAAAUAAGAAUAUGGAAACGAUACCAUGCUCGGUUUCAGAAAGCAAGGAUGAUGUGAAGGGAUCAAUUUCUGAAACUGAUGCACCUGAUCUGAAAAAUACGGACAGUGUCGCUGCGCCUACACCAUUGAAUGUACCUAUCUGUGAUAACGAAAAUGUGGCCAUUCCUGGAACUGAAGGCAUCGGAGCUACUUCAGAGAGUCCGACAAUGAUUCUGGUUGAAGCGAGUUCAGGUGAACAAGACUCUGUAACUUUAGUAGAGGAACCAUUACCAGUUUUGGAUCAGGCCAAAGAAUCUGUUGUGCCAAGAAUGGAAGAGGCUGUGUUGUUUCACCCUGUAGAUGAUGUAAAGCAUCUUCAACCCACGCCUGUUGAGGUGAAAUCGAAAUUGAGCGGAGAUACCGUGAUUGUUGGCCGAGAUGCCAAUACGCCAACGGACAGCUGUGGCAGUUCAAACAGCAAAGAGUCGUCUAGUCUUGAUGAUGAUUGGGAGAAGGACUUUGAUAUUGAGGUGACCGAGGAAGAUUUGAAGAUGGCACAGGAGGCGGCAAAGAAGAUAUCAUUGGACACAGUGGAGAAGAAACUUGAAGAGGAUGAAGACUGGGAGAACUGGGAUUGAGGCCAUGGAAUGGUAACCAUGGCAACACAAGAAACGAUUGAUUAUCGCCAAGCUUUUAGGUCGUCUGGUGGUGAAUUCUUCAAAUAAUGGUGACCUUGCCACUGGUUACCAUUGUUUUGAUUAUUACACCAUGCAGAAGAAAUUUCAGAAAUAGAAUCGACAUCUUGUUAUAUCAAUGUUGCUAAAUUUUUGUUCGCAAUGCCCGAUCUUAAUGGGUAAUGACAAACUAUAGAUAUUGGUCAAUCAGGCCAAAUUGCUCAAAGUCAUUUGUGUUUGAAACAGACUAAUAGGAAAAAUUGGCAGUUCAGGAUUCAAAUUGGAAGGGUCUUUAUCCAUGGUUAUGCUAGGUUUUCCUUGAUUUUCUGUUCGUCUGUUGUAGCUCUGGCAUUUUUGCAUUUCUGAACAGUGUAACUUCGCAGAUCAUUUGGAAAAUAUCAUGCCUAUUCCUCUUGGGUGAAACCGGCCUUCGUGUAAUGGAUGUGUUUCUUCCCCUAUUUAAUGUAAAGGCAAUAUUUUGACGGCUUCUUAUUGAAUGUUAUUUAUGCUUUGAUAUGGAAUUGGGGGUGUUUGUUGACUUGCCGCUGAACACCGCAAGAGUGCAGCUUUUAUAAAUGUAAGCCAAAAUGAGGCUGCAGCCACUGUUUUGGACAAAACAACAGCUCCACCUGAGCAGUGUUUGGUGAGAGAACCUAUACCAAAAGUGAGAUAUAAAUUGCUAUUCUAAAACACCCAGCCUUGAUUUAUCAAAGGCAUAAUCCACAACGAAUCUGUUUUCGACACGUUAAUAACCUAUCUAAGAGAUUAUGGUUGUCUCACCAAACCUCUGUGUUGAAAACGAGGCUUGAGACAUUGUAACCAAUGUGUUUUAGAGUACAACGUAUACGAAUGAACUGACCCAAUCUUGUUGGAGUCCUUCAAGGACAAUUUGAAUAGGCGUGGUGCUUUCCUAAUGAAAAAAACAGGUGUUUUGUAGUCCCAAAACCUCGGUUCUGUAACGGUAGAAAAGUUUUCUUGAUUUCCGUGGUGGUGCUUAUUUUAUUAUGUACAUUGUAUUGUCCAUUUAGUUGUUGCAUGAUGUAUGUUUCAUAUAUCUAUGUAUCUUAUGUAUUCAUAUCCUGUAAACUGUCAAAUAAAAUCUUUGCUGGCGUUUUGUAUUUGCCGAUUUUGCCAAUGAUAUCAAUUUGCGAAAAAAUUCAAAGCGUGAAAAUUUAGUUUUUAUAAAGUAGGAAAAACCAAAAAGAUUUCGUAAUCUUUUCAAAAAUUAUUUUAGAUAUUAAAUUGGAGCAAAAAGUUUGCAGUUUACAGAAUGGUUUUGGGUGCAUGACGAACUUGAUGCCAGACCAUAGACAUUGAAAUGUCAUCUUUAUGUUUGUUUACUCCGUGAGAAAAUGUCGGUCUUUCCUAUUACGUGAUGCAACUGAAUGAAUUUAUUAAAGAAAAAAGAAAAGGAAAAGAAGUAAAUUGAAAGAACGAAUUUGGGACCAAGUGCAGUGACCUUCAUGGGAGGAGUCCUUUUAUGAGAGGUGUCUGCUAAGGGAGGUUCUGCUGUAUUCAGGAUAUGAGAGAUUUGGUAAAGCUCCCUUAUACAGUUUCUGGUUCUUUCCUGAAAUGAUCAAAGUGACGAUUGAUCUCGUUUGAUAGUCUGCCUAAAAGGACUAGUUGUACGAAUGAAUUUAUCCCACCUGUGAAGCCAACUACAAAGCAGAACGUGAACUAAACACGUUCUCGCAUUAUGUACUUUAAGGUAUUUUAUUAUGGUAUGGGUCAAUUUAUUCAUGCAACUUGUCCUUUAAACAUCUUUAAGUUCGUCCUAUGUGUAUAAUAUGGACAUUUUUAUGCUGCGGUCCAGUUUAUCUAUUUGAGUAACAAUUCUUUCAAGAGAAUUGCCAGUCCUCUGCUCAUGUCAUGAUAUACCUAGGUCUGUGAAGACAGAGUUCCUUAUCGUAGGUCGUGGUCUUUCUCCGUGUAAAAAUUAUUCAGUGUAAGUUCUAGAUCCAAGUCAUUGUACAGCUCACUAUAGAGAUAAUAUAAAGAAAAAUAAGCCAUUUUCUGUA